AUGCACCAGUCUUGCAAAAAAACCGGUCCUGGACCGGUCUUUGAAGUGGGGCGGGACCGUGAGAAUGUCGAAGAUCCUCCUAAAGUAUUAUAUAAAAGAGCUGUAAAUAUAGCUCAUAUAAUAGAUACUGAAACAUUUAAGGAUUUACUUUUAGAGAUGGCCAGCAACCAAUUUUUGGAUAAAAAUGUUCUUGUUUUUGGCUGUGAAAAAAAAGAUGAUAAAUGGAUACUGCUGCAAGAUGGGUUAACUGAUUAUUUGCAA